GUGUGGCCGCGCUCUUCCGGCGCCAGGCAGCUCUUCCGGUUUGGUUUUCAAGCGGGACGGCGCAGGCUUCAGGCUAUUUGAAGGUUUUUUCCAAACAUGGAUAUCAGGCCAAAUCACACGAUUUAUAUCAACAAUAUGAAUGAUAAAAUUAAAAAAGAAGAAUUGAAGAGAUCCCUGUAUGCACUGUUUUCUCAGUUUGGACACGUGGUAGAUAUUGUGGCUUUAAAGACCAUGAAGAUGAGGGGGCAGGCUUUUGUUAUAUUUAAGGAACUGGGCUCAUCCACAAAUGCUUUGAGACAGUUACAAGGAUUUCCUUUUUAUGGUAAACCAAUGCGAAUUCAGUACGCAAAAACAGAUUCUGAUAUAAUAUCUAAAAUGCGUGGGACUUUUGCUGACAAAGAAAAGAAAAAGGAAAAGAAGAAAGCUAAAACAAUGGAACAGGCUGCAGCAGCUGCAAACAAAAAGCCUGGCCAGGGAACACCAAAUUCAGCUAAUCCUCAAGGAAACGCAGCACCAAAUCCUCAGGUCCCCGAUUACCCUCCAAACUAUAUCCUAUUCCUUAAUAAUUUGCCAGAAGAGACGAAUGAGAUGAUGUUAUCCAUGCUGUUCAAUCAGUUCCCUGGUUUCAAAGAAGUUCGCUUGGUACCUGGGAGGCAUGACAUUGCAUUUGUAGAAUUUGAAAAUGAUGGACAGGCUGGAGCUGCCAGAGAUGCUUUGCAAGGGUUUAAGAUCACACCAUCUCAUGCAAUGAAGAUUACCUAUGCCAAGAAAUAACCUUUGGAAUGGCCGGUUUGAAAGGACUUGGUAUUAUUUAUAGUGUUUGUUUUGAUUACAUUCGGUCAAGUCAUUUUAAUGGUUGGAAGUGAAAUUGAAGUUUGGGGGAUAGAGUCACCUAAUUUUUUUUUUAGUUUUGGUGACCUGUGAAAUCUGAAGCCUUAAUUUUGUACAAUAAACUUUUAUUUGUAUUCUG